GCAACUUCCUUUCUGGCAGCGGCUAAAUCUUCGCCAACAUGCCACUCGCAAAGGACUUGCUGCACCCAACCCCCGAAGAGGAGAGGAGGAUGCACAAGAAGAAGCGUCUCGUACAGUGUCCUAAUUCUUAUUUCAUGGAUGUCAAAUGUCCAGGAUGCUAUAAGAUCACAACUGUGUUCAGCCACGCUCAGACAGUAGUGCUUUGUGUUGGUUGCUCAACUGUGCUCUGUCAGCCCACUGGAGGCAAAGCUAGACUUACAGAAGGGUGUUCCUUCAGGAGGAAGCAGCAUUAAGAUAUCUUCUGCAUGCUUCCGCAGAGAGAGAGAGAGAGCGAGAGAGAGAGAAAUAGGGAGAUGAACUGGCCUCAGUGACCGCAACCUGAUUAUUUCACAGAAGGGAUGAGGGAUUUGAACCAAACACCCCCAUGGAACACCCGCUAACCCGAAUGUGCCUUUUUCUCUCUGUCUCAGUCUCAAUAAAAUGUUUGAGCUAAAAUAA